AUUGGAGUGUUGCUGAGUCAGCUUGGCCAUGUCGAGCCCCAGCCGAACCUGCGGUAAUUUUCUGGCUCAGCCAAGCCAGCUACGCAGUCGUCGCCGAUUUGCGACUCCUGUGCCGUCCAUUGGCAUACUUUUCUCUCGGCUCUUUCUUUUCCCUCCAGAUCUGUAAGCAUGGAAUACGAAUAUAAUGCGGUGUGCCAGAACUUGAUUUGGGUCCUUCACAGCUUAGUAACACAAAACCCGUGCGUCACUCGUCUUGCGCAAUCGUUAUUUCACAACUUAUCGCGUCAUAUAAAAAGGUAUUGUAACCUUUGAUCAAAGAAAAUGUGUUGCACAAACAAGAUAUAUUGCCAAGUAAAAAUCACCAAGUUGAUUGUUUUACUUUUAUAAGAUUUAGAAAAACAGUUCCAUCUUUCAUAAAUGCACCAGAAAUUUAGAUAUGGCCAACCACUAUCAACAUUACUGAUAAAAUAGCACAAAAAAGCACUUUUCCAAAUGUUAACUUUCUGAAACUGAAACUUAUUCUGAAUAAAACAUACAACCCAGUACGAGUUAACUUGGGCAAAGAUAAAUUUUUAACAGCUUAAAUGUAAUUACUCUUUGGCACAGUUACAAUUUUUUUACUUAAUUUUAAAAAUGUUAUCUUGUAAGUUGUAACACUGAUUUAUUUAUUUAUCAGGUAAAUCUAUUUUGCAUUUAAGACUAAGAGCAAUUAAAAGUAUAAAUGUACUUACCCAUAAAAAAUAAAAGCUCGGCCAAAUAAAAAAGCAAGGUGUCUUCCUCUUUUCGUUGUUAUAAUUAACUGAUGAGAAGGUUCGUGUGUGUACCUUUGUUGUUAUGGAAAGUCCCCAAGUCUGAAAUUUUUUGACAGCUUAUAUAGGGGCUGGGAACCAUUCCAACGCCAUCUGUACUCAAAAAUUGUAAUCUUGGCAAUGUUUUUCAUGUUUUUCAAAAAUAAUCUCAGGUUCUUUUCUCCUGUUGUCGUUGCUAAACUGUUGCUACUAAACAUUUUUGUGAAAACGGACCAUGGGAUUAGAUAAAGAAUACCUUCAUGUGUUUCAAAUAUGUUUUAAAAAAACAUCGAUGGCUGGUGUUCGUAUUCUAUGGAAAAAGAACACUUCCAGAGAACACAGCCUUGUGCCCCACUCGUCAAAGACACUCAGAUCGUUGCAAAACUGAUUGACCCUCCUGCCAAGAAUCACACCGCAAAAACCAUUGAAAGCUAUGUUUGAUUCGGCAAUUUUUCUGGUAUUUUCUCUUUCUUCGUCGUUGAUUGCUGCUGUUGUCCUGUAUGACCUAUAUCGCCGCCAGAAAAAGCAUUCUGAUCACGAAAAAGAAAACCUUGAUCUUGUUUGCUACUUAGCAAAGUUCCCAUUUGAGAUGAAUAACGAAGAUCGUUGUGUGGCUCUAAUGAAAAAGCAUCAGAUUUCUCCUAAUGCACCGAGUAGCAAUUUGCAGCGUUCCCAUAUAACACCUUUUUUGUCAGCUUGCUUUGGUGGAUCGUUUAAACUCAUCCAGUUCAUGUUAGAAUUCGGAGCGGAUAACGAAUUCUACAAUCUUAACGGAGAUGGAGCCCUUUACAUAGCUAUCUACGGAAUCGCGUGUCGCCUUCGAUCUGCUCAGUGUGCUCAAAAACGAAGCAGCGAAAUUCAGCGUGGCGUUCUUAUAAUAGACUGCCUCACAAAUCUAGGAUGCGAUGUAAACUCAAGGAACGAAUUUGGUUUCACUCCUUUACACUGGGCUGCUACAACAGGCGAAAAAUGGCUAGUUGAUCAUCUUUUGAAAAGAGGAGCUGAUCCAUUCAUUUUGACUACUCACAGUAAAGCUCCACCUUCUGCUUUUGCUUCAGAGAAGAAACAUGUUCAAAUGCUAUUGAAAGAGGCGGAGAACGUACACCGAUCAUUCUAAUUUGACUUCCGUGUAUCUAACGCCAGUAACUGUAUUACAGAUGUAUCAUACAUACACACUGUACUGUACACGAAAAAAGACCAAACACCCAAACAUGGUGAAACUGAAAUUCUGAUCGACAAAAUGUAAUAAUUGGAGUAUGAUUAUUAGUCAAGAAGAUGUGGAGAAGGGAGCAACAGAAUACAGUGUACAAAGUGCUCUAAAAGAAAAUAUGUCACUGACAUUUCAAUGGAAAG